AUGUCGCUUGCUAACGGACUUAUUUGCAAUUCGACCGAUCAAUUAGAUCAAAAAAUCGUUGAUGAAUUACGUCAACAAUCGAUUCCUCGUUCCGAUUUGCCAAUUCGUUUUUUAGCACCGCUCAUGCCAGACGAACAGGAAGACAAGCACAAUGUGAAGACUAUCGCACGUGUCAAACAAUGGUUAGAUAGACAAUGGAAAUUAGCAAAUGAAUCACCGUCGGUUAUUUAUGUUGCCUUCGGUUCCGUUGCUUGUAUGAUGUCCGAUCAACUCAUUCAAAUUGCUCAUGCUCUCGCGCCAUAUCCAAUUGUCUGGUUAUUGAAAGCAAAAUGUCACAAUGAUUUGCCAUCGUCGUUUGCUGAUAAUGAAAAAUAUUUACUUCUCGAUUGGGCACCAUAA